AGGACUGAACUUGACCUGACUCCAAAGCCUUCAGCCAGGAAAAAAGAUGUCAGAUGAUGAAUUGGAAGACUUUGAGACAUACCAAGAUGAUCUUGAAAAAGAAGAUGAUGAGAAGGAGACAGAGGAGGGCGAGGAGGAGUACAGGAGAGAGGGGGAAGACUCCUCUGAGGAUUUGAUACCCAAUCCCCUCACCGAGGACUUGAUGAAGGAAGCACUUUCUUUGCUCUCUAAGACUGGCAAUGGGCUGGCUCAUGCAUAUAUCAAGCUGGAGCUCAAAAAGAGGGAUCUGACAGACAUCUACCUGCUGCGCUCCUACAUCCAUCUGCGCUAUGUGGACGUUUCUGAGAACCACCUGACAGACUUGUCCCCCCUCAAUUCCCUCACUCACCUGCUCUGGCUCAAGGCUGAUGGCAACCGUCUUCGCAGUGCGCACCUGGAUGAACUGCCCUAUCUGCAGAUUGCCAGCUUUGCAUAUAACCAGAUCACAGACACCGAGGGCAUCUGUCAUCCUCGUCUGGGCAGCCUAGACCUCAAAGGGAACCAGAUCCACAUGGUAACAGGUCUGGACCCCCAAAAGCUGAACAGCCUGCACACACUGGAGCUUCGGGGAAACCAACUGGAAAGCACCCUGGGGAUCAACCUGCCUAAGCUGAAGAACCUCUUCCUGGCACAGAACAUGCUGAAGAAGGUGGAAGGCUUAGAGAAUCUGAGCAAUCUUACAACCUUGCAUCUUCGAGACAACCAGAUUGAAACUCUAACUGGCUUCUCUGGGGAAAUGAAAUCACUGCAGUACCUCAACCUAAGGGGCAAUAUGGUGGCUGACCUGAGGGAGCUGACCAAGCUUCAGGACCUGCCCAAGCUUCGGGCCCUGGUGCUUCUGGAAAACCCAUGUGCAGAUGAGAGUGACUACCGGCAGGAGGCCCUGGUGCAUAUGGCACACCUUGAACGGCUGGACAAAGACUUCUAUGAGGAAGAAGACCGGGUUGAGGCUGAGGAGAUCCGCCAGAGGAUGAAGGAGGAGCAAGAGUAUCAGACUGAGUCUGGGCAUGAAGAGGACCUGAGAAGUAAUGGGCUGGCCCGAAGACCUGGCAUCACCACCAGUGGGGACGCCCACCUUUACACUCCUCACCAGGGACAGAGGAUGCCUACUUUUGUCUCUGAGCUGGAAACUCAUCACAGCUUGUGGCCCAGGAUCUGUGCCAGAACCGGACAAUGGGGUGCUGUGUUGGUUGAGAACUGCGGAGGCCGAAGCGGACUGGGGCUCCGGGUCACAUGCGCCCGCCCGGUCCUAUCGGCGCCUCCCCCCGUCCACCCUCCGCCCGCCGCCGGGGAGCCGCAUCUGUCGCCACCGCCGCCACUCCCGUUCUCUCUGCGCCGCCGACACCGCGUCGCCACAGGCAGAGUCUGCAGACGCGAGGUGAAGCCCCGGCCUGCCUAG